AUGAUCGCGGCGGCGGCCAGCAAGCGCACCAAAAGUCCGAGCAAAGCCCGAUCCUUCAGCAGCAUCUUCGGCAGUCUUGUCUCGACGCCUGCUGCGCAAGACACUCCGGUAGCGGCGGCUCCGUCUCUCACCAUUUUCUGCUCGCCGAAGCCCUACUCGUCGAUUCUCGAUCCCAAGGACCCGCAGCCGGACAACCAGCUCCGCGCGCUGCGCUCCUGGCUGCGCCUCACGCCGUCGCCGAAGAUCGUCCUUCUAGGGAACGACUCGACCUUCACCGAGCUCGCGCGUCGCUUCCCGAAGCAGGUCUCCGUGGAGUCCGCUAUCGAUACUAACUACUACGGCCUGCCGCAGUUUCACAGUAUUGUGGCGCGCGCGCAGGCGGCGGACACGGACCUGUCGAUGAUCAUCAACGGCGAUAUCAUCCUCCUUAACAACGUCCUCGAUGCUAUCAACAAGGUUCACAAGGCGUUCCCGCAUUGGGUGAUGACCGCGGCGCGGUGGGACGUGGCGGAGGAUUUCCCGUACACCUUCUUCCCCUCCAUGUGGGCGAAUGCGCGGAGCCGCGGCCCCGCGGCGCUCGAGAAGGAAAUCGCCGAGUACGCGCGGACCAAGGGGUCGCUGCAUACUUAUGGCGGGGUGGAUUUCUGGGUGUGGAAUAACUCCCCCGUGCAGCUGCACACGGGUAUCAUGCCGCCCUUCGCGUUCGGGCGCGGCAAGUACGACAACUGGUUCACGCACGAGAUCGUCGCAUCGGGCCUUCGCGAAGUCGUCGACGCGAGCGACGCGGUGACGUCCAUCCACGUGGCGCACUCCUACUCGCACGUGACGGAAUCCGCGGAGACGAAGAACGGCGCGGCGGCACUCGCGGGGAAGAACUUCUGGAGCACGCGGAAGAAGAGCAGCUGGGAGCUCUUCGCAAACAUCCACCUCGCGCAAACCCACGGCUCUUACUCCAACCAGCUCGGGACAGCGCUUCACGUGCCGUGGAAAAUGUCUUCCUGCUUCGAGCCGGCCGUCAACAACAUGUGCCUGCAGCGCCGCCUGCGCCCCGCGACCUGCCAGUGCGAAUACUCUAACUUCGUCGAUAUCAGCCAGUCGGACCCCAAGAUCGAUCCGUCCGGCCGCAGAUGGACCUGCGGCAGCGUGUCCGUCGAUAAGAAGGCGGAUUACUCGAUCCAGGCCGUUCCCACGCCGGGAUCUGCGGUGGGGCUGCCGCACACGUCGGCGCAGCUGCUUCCACAGGUGGCGCGCGAGGUGGGCGGGCUGAAGGUGGUGAUCCUCGUGGCGGUGACCAUGGGGUACGCGGAGAUGCUCAUGAGCUUCGUGUGCCGCCUGCGCGGGCUGGGUCUCGCGGAUAACCUCGUGGUUGCCGCGCUCGACGAGGACUUGUACCGAUUCGCCUUCUCGCAGGGGCUCGCAGUGUACCACGAGCAGGUGAGUGUGGGGUACCAGGGACUCAACUCCAAGGACUGUGUCUUCGGCAGCCAGUGCUUCCGGCAGUUCACCAAGCUCAAGUCGCGCUCCGUGCUCAAGGUGCUCAAGCAGGGCUACUCCGUGCUCUGGACCGACGUGGACAUCGUCUGGUUCUCCGACCCUCUCCCAGACCUCCUCAGCUACGGCCCGGGCACCUUCCCAAUCCAGAGCAACGAGCCCAACGGGUCGAUUCCAGGCACGGGGAUCCGGCGGAUCAACUCAGGGUUCUACUUCGCUAGGUCUGAUCCCAAGACCAUUGAGGCGUUCGAGGCGAUCACAGCGCAUGCCGCCACGACUAAGCUGUCCGAGCAGCCGAGCUUUUACGACAUUCUGUGCGGAGUGAAGGGGGAGAACCUGGUGGCUGGAAAGGAGGAGUGCCGGUGGCAAAACGGCCUGCGAACCAUUUUCCUCGACCGCAAGGUGUACCCGAAUGGCGCUGUUCACAACUACUGGGACCAUGAGGAUGUGCUUGGGAACUGCCUGAAGCACGGAUGCACCAUCCUGCACAACAACUGGAUUGCGGGGAAGGAUGCGAAGAAGAACCGGUUCAUGGUGAACAAGUUCUGGCAUUACGAUCCUGAGAGGAGGAUGUGCACGUGGAGGUGGCACUCUAAGCUGCCUACUGUGGCACGCACUGACACUGUGCAGGCUCAAUAA